CCUGUUUGUCUAUGAUCUCUACUUCGCAAUGGACUUUUUUACUCAUAUAGUACACUGGUGCCGGCACUUGUUGUAGGGGUAUUUUCACGAAUAUUACUAUAACGCAGAUUGGAAAGGAAAGCAGUGGACUGAUGAACCUCAGACUCGACCCUCUGAAUGCAGUGAAGUUGACGACACCCAGUGCGAUGGUGGCAGCGCUCAGUCCACACAGGGGCAUUCCAAAGAAGGAAGGUGUGAAGGGAAAAUAGAACCAAACAUUUUUGUGGGGACGCGUCAGUUCACGCCAAAGCCAGACAGGCCAUAUUCACGGUUACACUACAGUCAAGCGAUGGCGGAGGUGAAGAAACAAGAGAAAGACUUCUCGCCAGAGGUAGAUACGCUGAUUCCGGAAGCAACAGAGCUUGGGAAGGCGGGCAAGCUUUCGGAAGCAUUGGAGAAGCUGUUUGCCCUCGAGAAACAGACCAGAAACGCCUCCGACCUUUCCUCCACGACGCGACUUGCAAAGACAAUAUUGGAUCUAUGUUACGAAGCACGAGACUAUACGCAGCUGAAUGCCACGAUUCACCUCCUGUCUAAGAAACACUGGCCAACUCAAAGGCGUAAUACAGGCAUUCGUCGAGCAGGUCGCAGAGUGGCUCCUGGAGAUUCGACGACUGUGAGGGCGAUCAAAUAUGGCUGGAACUGGCGGAAACCCUGCGAACAGUUACAGAGGGCAAGAUCUUCCUGGAAACGCCUCGUGCGCGCGUCACCCUCGUGUUAUCGCAGUACCAUGAAGCACUUGCGAAGCAACCGACAGCGUCACCCUCGAGUAGCAAGGAAUCGCUGCAGACCGCGUGUGACUUGCUUGUCUGACUUGCAGGUAGAAACAUACUCUUCCAUGGAGCGGCGGGAGAAGACAGAGUUUAUCUUGGAACAAAUCCGGUUAUUGAUCGCACUUGCGCGUUUGAAAGAUGCUGAAGUGACGAAAACAAAGGGGAAGGAGGGGAAAAUUGGCCUCGGUGAUGGGGAACCUGAAUGGGUAAAGGCAAGAGUUGGGGGUCGUAAGAUCAAUGAAACUUUCCUCAAGGAGAAAGAGAACGAGGAUCUCAAACUCAAGUUCUAUGAGCUGAUGAUUCAACUGGCCUUGCACCGAUCCGCGUACUUAGAUGUCGCGAAACAUUACGAGAAAGUAUGGGACACACCGUCUAUCAAAGAAGACGAGGGCAAAAAUCGAGCAGCCUUGGAGCACAUCGUCUACUAUGUUGUCCUCGCACCCCAUGACAACGAGCAGUCAGAUAUGUUGCAUCAUUUGUUCGUGAACCCUGCUCUUGAGAAGCUCGAACUUCACUACAACCUUGUAAAAUCAUUUGUGACGCGCGAGUUGAUGAGAUGGCCGGGCAUUGAAGCGUUGUAUGGACCCUUCCUGCGAGUGACCCCUGUCUUUUCUGUUGCAAAACAAUGGGAAGACCUCCAUACCCGUGUGAUAGAACAUAAUAUUCGCGUCGUAGCAUACUACUAUACUCGCAUCACCUUGUCUCGUCUAACGACCCUGCUUGAUCUUACCCCACAGCAGACAGAAGAAACCCUUGCCCGCUUAGUGGUCUCGAAAACUAUCUGGGCCCGGAUAGACCGACCAGCCGGUAUUGUCAACUUCAAGAGCAAGCGGACAACGGAGGAUGUUAUGAAUGAUUGGAGCUCAGAUAUGCAGAGGUUAUUGGGACUGGCCGAGAAGACUUGGAUGGGCAUGAAUGCCGCAUUGGCAGCCCAGUCACGGGUAAAGGCAUAGCGACUAUUUACUAUCUGUAGAGUAGUGUAUUCGUGGAAUUCGUCUAGACC